AUGGCGCUGGCGAUUCGGAUGAGCGCUCCAUCGCUCGACGGAUCUUUGACUCCAAGUAUUCCCCCCAUGAAGGCAUACCAAACGAAUCCACACUUUUGCUGGCGAUCAUCAGGGAGCGCCACAGCCGUCGGCAUUGUGGCUAUCAAGAUGUACCGCUCACUGAAAAGGUUCAGGGCCAGGAACCGCAAGCGAGUUGAACGCACUGUGUUGACUGACGAUCUCUUCACUCUUCCCAAUGACAAAGUUGCAUUGGAAGUUCUUGGCGGUAAAGCAAAAGACUCAGUCAGCAGGGUAAGCCUUGUUUGUAUCCAUGGUAGCUAUCAUGCCGCUUGGUGCUAUGAGGCAUUUUAUUUAGACUUCUUUCGGGAGCAUGGCUUGAAUGCAUAUGCACUUUCGUUAAGAGGACAAGGACAAGGCAAGAUGCCAGAUCAGCUCCCCGUUGCAGGCACUUUGGAGGAGCAUGCUUCUGAUGUUGCUUCCUUUGUGCGGGAGCUGGAAAAGGAAGGUCAACGAGUCAUUUUGCUAGGCCACAGCUUUGGAGGUCUGAUUACCCUAAAGGCUGCGGCAGAUCUCGACAUGCUUGCUGGGCUUGUCCUAUUGUGCAGUGUGCCUCCCAGUGGAAAUGUUGGUAUCAUUCUACGAAGUCUGCUUCGAGCUCCUCUCCAAGCCUUUCGCAUCACAUGGGGCUUCAUAAGCCGUGCCUUUGAACGUGAUGCAAAACUUUGCCAGGAGCUUUUCUUCGACAAAGAGACGUCUUUGGCAGAUGUUGGAGAUUACAUGGAGCUCAUGAAGAAAGGAUGUCCGCCUGGAACUCGUUUACUGGAUUUGCGACAGCUCCAGGGGUCUUUGCCAGUUCCAGUUUGUACCAAACCUGUCCUCGUACUUGGAGGAGAGAUGGAUGUGAUUGUAGAUGCUGAGGCCCAUAUCAAGACGGACUAG